GGAUGCCAUAUUGUUUGUGCACUGUGAUACAAUGACGGGGCUCUUGUAUUUCUUCUUGAGUGUUUGCGCGUUUACUGGUUGGAGCGAUGCUGUUUCAACGAAGAUGGAUUUUGGAGGGGAUGAAGUGGUGUCUCUAACGAAUUCUACUAAAAUAGAAGAUGAAGAUGUAGAAGUUCAACAUACCAUUGUACUUUCAACUAAACUUAAGAAUAAUAAUAAUAGAAGAGGACUACAUAGUUCUAAUGAUGAUAAUUCUGGAACCCUUACCUACAAUAUAGGCAGGAAAGAAGCCAAAGAAGAUAGUGGAGAAGUUCCUGUUUUAAACGGCUACAAAUCUGUUGAAACUACACAAAUUAGAACACCAGACACAAGAACCAGAGGUUCGUUCUAUCCAGACUCUGCAUUUAUAAAUAGAAAUGUAAGGGACGAUUAUGACAUAUACCCUAACUUCGUAACAAAUCCGUCACAAUGGAAACCAUCAAGCCUAUUCAAUAACAUCAACUUGAUGACCCAACAGGUGCCAAUAAAUACAGAAUACAACACAGGCUGGAGAAUUAGUAAGCCAGCCUAUCAAACGCCUGGCAAGUUCCAUAGAAGAAUAUCAGACGACGGAAUGAAAGAAUUCUACUGCAAAAGAUGUAGGGAAUUAAGCGGACAAGGCUACAUAGGCUGUCCCCCAACCGCGCAACAAAGAAACCACUGGGUUUACGAGACAACAACUCCUAAAAUGAAAUUGGACGGCAAAUUGGCGAAAUUAAACUAAUUUGUUUUGUG